UGAACCGAAAUUUCCAUCAACUUGGGUUGAAUUAUAACUCGAUUCUUCAGCUUAGUUACAGACAGCAGACUCUCUCCUGCUCCAACUCAAGAAAUGAGAAUUCCCAAAUUCUUCUCUUCAAAUUUCAAACACCACAAAAAUCCCACCAUCAAGAUCCAUUCCUCUCAUCUCUCUUCUCGUCCCAAAUCCUCAAACAAACGCUCACACCCUCGCAAAAGCUCAGGCUCCAAAAAACCCAACCCUAAAAACCCCUCUCCUUCAUUUUUCCAGAGGAUUACAGAGCUGGUUGGCUCUGAAGACCCUGCGUUCUCUUUCUCUAACGAAGCAAGGGUCAACAAUCCAAGCACUCCAACUGUUUGUCGAAUUGCCCGAGAGAGUUCAAGUCUUCCAAAUUCCAAUCAGUUAGAAAAAGCCCAUGUGGACAGUUCAAGUUUGGUUGAUGUUAGCCCAAUUGUUCAUAGGAUCACUGAGGUUUUACGCUCUGAUAAUACCCAAAUUCCCAUAGAGCAGAGGUUGGAUGAAAUGGAUGUUGAAUUGAGUGCCGAGAUCGUGGAGAAAGUGCUGAAGAGAUGCUUCAAAGUUGGGCAUUUGGCUCUUACGUUCUUCAACUGGGUCAAGCUCCAACCCGGGUUUUCUCACAUUACAGAGACUUACAAUACGAUGAUUUAUAUAGCCGGAGAUUCUGGAGAUAUUGAUUUGGUUGAGAAAUUGGCAGGUGAAAUGGAUGAAGAGUCUUGUUUGAAGAAUAUAAAGACCUGGACCAUUCUCAUUUUGUAUUAUGGAAAGGCGAAGAAGAUAAGCAAAGCAUUGAGUUCUUUUGAGGAAAUGAGAAAAUCGGGUUGCAAACUUGAUAGUGAAGCUUAUGAAGCAAUUAUUCGGGCUCUGAUUAACGUAGGGAAAAGUGAGCUUGCAAUGGAGUUUUACAAUGAAAUGAAGUCUAGAAAUAUUGAAGUUAUUGAUAUUAAACUCUAUGAGUUACUUAUGAAUUGUCUUUGUAGGUCAGGGGAUAUAGCUGGUGCUCGAGGGGUUGGAGAUGACUUGAUUAAGAGUAUGAAAGUAUCAGCGAAUGAGGGUUAUGCUCGUAUUUUGAGAAGUUUUUGUGUUUCAGGAAAGACUGAUGAAGCGCAAGCGCUUUUGGAGGAAACAAAAAAGGAAAAUGUGGUGAUUGAUUCAAAGGCUUCAGAAAUCUUGCUGAAAGGGCUCUGUAGAGCAAGCAGAAUGGAUGAAGCUAUGAAAGUUGUAGACAGUAUAAAACAGCAUUCACCACUUGACAGUAAAAUUUAUAGCAUUCUCAUUGAUGGGUUAUUGAGAGAUGGCGAUAUUUUAAAGGCCCUAACUUUGUUGCAUGAUAUGAGAGAAUUCAAAUGUGUUCCCUUGGUCUCAACCUAUACGCAAAUAAUCCAGUGUCUCUUUAGGUCAAAUGAAUAUGACAAAGCAUGUGAAAUUUAUGAGGAGAUGAUUGAAAAUGGCAUAAAACCAGAUGUCGUAGCAACCACAGCUAUGAUUGCUGGCCACAUUCAGCAUAAUUGUGUUUCUGAAGCUUGGGAGGUUUUUGGGAGCAUGAACAAGAAAGGUAUAAACCCUACUUCAAAAGCCUACUCGGUUUUCAUCAAAGAACUUUGUAAAGCAUCAAAGCCUGAUGAAGCUUUGAAGCUUCUGAAUGAAAUGGUAGCUUCUAACUUAAACCCAACUGAUGACAUUUGUGAUUUUGUUGUUUCAUCUCUUACGAGAAUUGGUGAAAUAGAGAAGGCAAAUAUCGUCAAAGAGAUGUCUAAAUCUUUCAAAUUCAGUAAUAGCCUACAGGCUAAAAGGGUAUAUCAAUCAAUUGAUGAUAAGCCCAUCCAAAGAGAGCAUGAUGUGAAAAAUUACUCAUCCAAUGAGGAUAGUUUAAAACCUAAGGAGUACAAGGACGAAGAUCUUAAAGUAUUGUGCAGAAUUUUAUCCUCUUCUACUGAUUGGAAUUCUAUAGAAGAAUUUCUCGAGAAAAGUACUAUUCAUUUCACCUCUGAACUUGUAGUGGCAGUUCUUAAUAGUUGCCAGAGACAUGGCCAUGCUUCUUUAAAAUUCUUCUCCUGGCUAAGGAAAGAAAUCAGGCACACAACCGAGACAUACAAUUUGGCUAUCAAAAUUUCAGGCAGUGCAAAAGAUUUCAGGCGUAUGAGAGAGCUCUAUAGAGAAAUGAAGAGGAACCGCUGCUCAAUAACAGCAAACACAUGGACCAUUAUGAUAUCUCAAUAUGGUCAAGCCGGUCUCACUGAGAUUGCUCUAAAUACUUUCAGAGAAAUGAAACAUGAAGGGUUUCAACCAAAUGCUAGCACUUUCAAAUACUUAAUUGUGUUUCUCUGCGGAAAGAAAGGGCGAAAGCUUGAAGAAGCCCAGAAAAUAUUUGAAGAGAUGGUUCAUGAAGGAUUCAUGCCAGAUAGAGAAACAACAGAUAUCUAUCUGUCUUCUUUAUGUGAAUCAGGGAAGCUUAUAGAUGCCAGGAGAUGUAUUAAAUCUUUAAUCAAGAAAGGAUUCACAAAGCAGCUCGGUUACUCAUUGCUUGUUAAGGGUUUAUGCCGAGCUGGAGAAGUAGAAGAAGCUCUUUUAGAUGUCAAGGCAAUGGAGAAUGAUGGAUGCACAAUUGAUCAGUUUAUUUAUGGAAGUAUUGUUCAUGCUUUAUUGAGAAAGGGGAAAUUGAAUGAAGCAUUUGACCAAGUGGAGGAAAUGAGAAGAGCAGGUAUUAAUCAAUCAGUUCACAUACAAACAUCAUUUAUCGUUCAUUUUUGUAGAGAGGAGCAGAUAGAAAAGGCGCUGGAAAUAUUCAAUAAGAUAACAGAGGAUGGUAUAGAGCCAACCCUUGUUACUUAUUCAGCGAUGAUUCGUGGAUAUAUGAAUAUGGGGAUGGUUUCUGAUGCUUGGGAUGUAUUUGGUAAGUUGAAACUUAAAGGAUUGUUGCCUGAUUUUGAGACUUAUUCUAUGUUCAUUUCUUGUUUGUGUAAAGCCGGGAAGUCUGAGGAUGGGUUGAAACUUAUACAUGAAAUGUUGAACAGAGGGAUUAUCCCCAGUGCAGUUAAUUUUAGGACAGUGUUUCAUGGAUUGAAUAGGGAAGGGAAGCAAUAUUUAGCUCAUUCUGUACUUCAAACAAAAUGGAAUUUGAAGAGACAAAGGAUGGUCUCGUAUUAAUUUUA